AUGGGAAAGGUGGAGAUGAUUCCAAAGCGCGGAUUGGUAUUGGGUGCAUGCGGUGCACUUGGGCAGGCCGUAACCAAUUCACUACUAGAAAGGCAUUGGAACGUAAUUGGGGUGGAUGUCGUUUCAAAAAAUCCUUUACCAGACUUCUACACACAUAUCGUUGUGGACGCAACGGCUUCUUUGGAAUCCCAACAAAGGGCCAUGCUUGACGCCGUCGCGAAAGGUGUGGUGCUGGAUGCUGUUAUCAACGUUGCUGGGGGCUGGGCGGGUGGUACUAUCGAUGACAGUGCCACCUGUGAGGUAUUUGAGUCUCUGGUUCGUCAGUCCUUGUUCUCCUCCAUGGCUGCUGCCCACCUGGCUUCGCAGCGCGGGGGCAAGGGCUGCUUGCUUUUAUUGCCAGGGGCAGCUGCUGCCCUCCGUCCAACACCCAACAUGUUGGGUUACGGAGUGGUGAAGGCGGGUGUGCAUCAUUUGACAAAGUCUCUCGCUGCAGGUCCAUCACAUCUGCCGGAGGGGGCGUGCGUGUUGGCUCUUCUUCCCACGGUUCUCGAUACGUCUGCAAACAGGCAGGCUAUGCCCCACGCUGACACAAGUUCAUGGACGCCCCUUGAAUCUGCGGCGGAAAUUAUAGUGGAGUGGGCCAACGGCGUCAAUCGACCGUUGAGCGGUUCCCUUGCUCUUUUGAAGACGAGGCACGGGAAGACGGAGUCAACGGUUGCAGGGUGA